AUGCAACCCAAUCUCAACAACGAAUUGCCAAAUCAUUUGGCAAAACAAUUAUCUCAAUCACAUAUACUGAACUCAAAUUCCGCGGCUAUGAAACAACCACCUUCGACAAUGCCUCUGUCACAAGUUCAAAAUUCCAAAAAGAAGUCAGCUCAUGACUACCAAUUUGGUGCAAUGAUUGGAGAAGGGUCGUAUUCAACAGUCUAUUCUGCGAUGGACAAACAACUGAAGAAAACUUAUGCCAUCAAGGUAUUGUCCAAGAGACACAUUGUCAAAGAAGGUAAGAUCAAAUAUGUUAAUAUCGAGAAAACCACCCUUCACAGAUUGGGCCAGCAACAUCCCGGUAUUGUUCAACUUUACUAUACAUUUCAAGAUGAGUCAAGCUUGUUUUUCGUUUUGGACUUUGCGGAAUAUGGGGAGCUUUUGUCAAUAAUACGGAAACUUGGAUCUUUGUCAGAGCCUGUAUCGAAAUUCUAUAUGUGUCAAAUUAUAGAUGCCGUUAAAUUUAUUCACCUGAAAGGGGUCAUACAUAGGGAUCUCAAACCAGAAAACAUUUUAGUUGGACACGACUUUAAUUUAAAGAUUACUGAUUUUGGAGCCGCCAAAUUGUUGGGAGAGAACGAAGAAGAUGGAGAAAAAAUAGACUAUAGAUCAUUCAAUGCAGAAGCCGAGGUACGGGGUCAAGCACCUCGGGAAAGAUUUGGUUCUUUUGUUGGAACGGCCGAGUACGUAUCUCCUGAAUUGUUGAAAGACAAUAUUUGUGUAUUUGAAUCUGAUAUUUGGGCCAUGGGGUGCAUUCUUUAUCAAUUUUUCAAUGGUGUACCUCCAUUCAAAGGUAGCACUGAGUACCUCACAUUUCAAUUGAUCAUCGAUUUGGAAUAUACGUAUAAGUCUCCGAAACCAAUUCCUGUUGAGGUCAAAGAGAUUAUUGAAAAGAUUCUUGUUCUGAAUCCAUCCGAUCGACCAACUAUACCUGAAAUCAUGUCGUUCUCUUGGUUCAAUGACGUUGAUUGGAGUGAUCCGCGAUACAUAUGGCAUCGAAAGGUACCAAAGUUUGAAAGCUUCAGUGGAAUGGAAACCAUGUCUCAACCAAUGGUGCCGAGGUUCAAAAAUGGGGCAAAUAGAGAAAUAAAUAAAUCAAGCUCCUACCAGCAGUUGCAAUCACAACUUAAUAAUUCUGAUCUAGGGUUUUUACCGACCAUUGGAGCCAAGAAAACUUUCAAGCCACCGACAGCUAUAAGAAAAAACACAUCAUCGAAUAACAAUGGCGAACUAGCUCCGCAGUUUGUGCCGAAUGUUCUGCCACCAAAAAGACGUGAAGCUCACCAUGCAGCACCUCUCACGCAAGUGAGUCAACCUGUAUUCACGGGUCCUACAGUUAAUUUGCGGCCGCUGAAUGUGACCCCACAACAACAACAACAACAACAACAACAACAACAACAACAGCAGCAGCAGCAGCAGCAGCAACAGCAACAAGGAUCCAAUCAAUUUGUGUCUCGACCACCGCAGGGUCCCCCACCCCAAGCUAAGCAUCCGCAAGCUAUGCCGCUGCAAGCUCAGCCACAACAAACUAAAACCCAACUGCAGGCGAAACCGAACAUUAGAGCAAAUACAGCAUUUCAAAAUAUGCCUUUUGUUGCGAAACCUGCAGCGGCUCUACCACAGUCACCUAAAUCUAACCUAGAUACUAAAUCAAAUACACCAAGUAUGACAGAAGGGCUCACGCCGUAUACUUCCGAGCCACCUAAAACAUCUCCUAACGCAGCAGCUGCAGCCGCCGCAUUUGCGAAUAAACAAAAGAACGGUACCCAAACCAAACCAACCCCUAUAUCAAAGAAUAUUUCUCGUCCGGAAAAGCCCAAACCUUUCACUAAACCCUCGCAGAGGCAAACGGUACUCAAACUACAUGAGGUAUCUAGUUUGCUUGCGGCAAAUGAGAAAAUCCUCAAAAUAGAUCUUUUGAAAAGAAUGCAACUUCGAAAAUCGUCCUUAUCGUUGAGCUAUGAUACUCUAGAUGAUACUGUUUUGGAGAAGAUUGUGAAUGAGCACUCGCAUCAUUUACAACAAGGGUCAAAACUUGUUCUCGCUUUUGUUACAAACAUGGCUAGAAUAUUUUUGGUUGACUCAACUUUGGAGGUUAUGUUGGUUGAUUUGAAAGCCAAUAAUGGUGGUGAUUACUUCAUGUACGAUUAUGAAUUCGAAACUGAUGAUGAGGAAGAUCCAAAUGAUAAUCAGCUUGGGUAUUUGAUUAUCGAAGUUGUCAAGGAAAAUGGAGACUUAUAUUUUCUUCAGCAGGUUGUCAAUAGACAUCAAGAGCCAGAAGUAAUCAAGGUUUUGGACAAAGCUGGGAAUGAUGCCGCUAUUGGAAAAGAACAUGGCUGGAUUGAUUGUCUAUUGAUUGCGCGAGAAACUUCUACAGCAUCCCCAGUGGAUUUUCAACCCUCCAAUGACGCAUCGGCAGUGGGAACUACAGCUGCCAGUUCAGUUGCUGCAUCAGCAGCAAAGACUACAAAAAGGGCAUCUUCAUCGUCAACUAAGACCACCAAUGGUGGAUCAUCAAACCUGAUAAUAAAGACAAGCAGUAAUAUCAAGAGUGCAUAUGGUAGUGGCAAGAAGUCCAAAAAGGAAAUAAUACGUAAAACAUCAAGCCUGUCAUUGUUGCGUUCAUCGUCAUCAUCCAACAAUCAAGCAACAAACUUUGCUCGUGCCGCUGCUGCUGCUGCUCGUCCAAAGUGA